AUGCGUCUGUUAAACAAGGACCUGCGUCUGCAGGAUGUCACGCUGAUCUACGCGAUCCUGCUCGUUGCCCUGGUGGUCCUCCUGGUUGCACCGUACCACGCUUCAUCCCCAUCUUUGUCUCCGUCUUCAUCUUCGUCUCCAGACGACCCCUCGAGACCUUCCUUACCCUACCACGUCCCACUGGAUCCCGCCGGGCAGCUGGAGCUCUACUGGAACAUCAGUUACGCCAAGCAGGAGGUGUACAUGGAGCUCCGAGCCAAGGAGCUGCGCCAUGGUCUCCUGCUGGGCAUGUCGGACCGCGGGGAACCCACCGACGCCGACCUAGUGCUUCUGUGGAACGAUGGGCACAAGUCCUACUUUGGGGAUGCGUGGAGUGAUGAUGAAGGCCGGGUAACGUUGGACAGUCAGCAGGAUUACGAGCUGCUGGAUGCACGGAACACUCCGGAAGGCUUUUCUUUGCUCUUCAAGAGACCCUUCAGUACCUGCGAUCCCCAUGACUACGUUAUAGAGGAAGGAACAGUCCACCUGAUCUUCAGCAUACUCGAUCAGCCAAUCCACUCUCUUCGUCAGCUCAACGUGUCCCGCCUCCAACCUGGCGUUCAGCGAAUCCUUCUGCUGCGUCCUGAUGCGCCCAGCCCCUCUCUUCCGUCGGACGUGCGCACACUGGAGGUUCUGGCCCCCGACAUCGUUAUCCCUGACCAGGAGACCACCUACUGGUGCUAUAUGUACCAACUGCCCCCCAACAUGCCCAAGAACCACAUCGUCAUGUAUGAGGCGGUGGUGAACGUGGGGAACGAGGCCAUCGUGCAUCAUAUGGAGGUGUUCGAAUGCUCGCCUCACAUGGACUCCGUCCCUCAGUACAGCGGCUCCUGCGACUCCAAGAUGAAGCCGACGAAGCUGAACUCCUGCCGACACGUCCUGGCAGCGUGGGCCCUCGGAGCCGAGCCAUUCUACUACCCCUCGGAUGCCGGCCUUCCUCUGGGUGGAAAAGGUUCCUCUAGGUUCCUUCGUUUGGAGGUGCACUAUCACAACCCACUCCUCAUCUCAGGGCGUCGUGACUCCUCGGGUAUCCGUCUGUGGUUCACUCCGUCUCUGAGGCGCUUCGACGCCGGGAUCAUGGAGCUCGGUUUGGUCUACACGCCCGUCAUGGCCAUCCCUCCUCACCAGCACACGUUCCAUCUCACGGGCUACUGCACUGCCGAGUGCACACGCACGGCGCUGCCUCCUGGAGGGAUCCAUAUUUUUGCGUCUCAGCUGCACACACACCUGGCGGGCCGAGGCGUCCGCACCGUGCUGGUGAGAGGAGGCAGAGAGGUGGAGGUGGUGCAGGAGGACAAACACUUCAGCACACACUAUCAGAUCAUCCGCAUCCUCAGGAAGAUGGUGACUGUUCUGCCAGGUGAUGUGCUUCUGACAAAAUGCACUUACAACACAGAAGACCGAGUCAAAGCUACAGUGGGUGGAUUUGGGAUCAUGGAGGAGAUGUGUGUGAAUUAUGUGCACUAUUACCCACGUACACAGCUGGAGCUCUGUAAGAGUCACGUAGACCCUGAUUACCUGCAGAGAUACUUCAGCAUCAUCAACAGGUUCCAUGGCGGGGACAGCUGCAGCUGCUCUCAGACGACAGUAGAGGACCAGUUCUCCGCCGUGACCUGGGACUCCUUCAGUGCCGAGGUGCUCGACUCGCUGUACACCACCUCACCCAUCUCCAUGCACUGUAACCAGUCCAUCGCCGAGCUCUUCCCCGGCGACUGGGAGAAACGGAAGAUUCCCCAGGUGUUAAUGGAGCUCCAGCCAGCCGCGCGACCUUGUGACCCGAGCCGAGCGCCGGCUCAGAGUAACGGCCCUACCGAGGUCCGACCCCGACGCAGCGGAUAA